UUUAUAUCAUUUUUCUUCUCACUAUUCAAGAAAACCUCAUAACUCAACGACAAUGGCCACGAAAUUUUCACUUGCGUUUCUAAUAUGCUCAUCUCUCAUCGUCUCUGCUCAUCCUCAAGAGUUGAAAUUUGUCUUCCAUGGAUUCAAAGGAAACGAAACCAAUUUAACCACAGAAGGAGCUUCCAUCAUCAAAAACACCGGUCUACUCAGACUCACAAACCGAUCCCAGAACGUAAUCGGCCACGCGUUCUAUUCAGAGAGCAUUCGAAUGACUGAAAGGACCCCUCCUUCGCACCUUAAAAACGUCUCUUCUUUCAGUACCCAUUUCGUCUUCGCCAUAGUCCACCGCGGCUCCGACCCCGGAGGAUAUGGCCUCACUUUCACCAUUUCUCAAAAGAACAAAUUCCCGGAAGCUGAAGCAGACCACUAUCUCGGGCUUUUCAACAAAGCCACCAACGGUAGUUCGAACAACCAUAUCUUCGCCGUCGAGUUCGACACAGUUAAUGGGUUCAACGAAAACGCGGAUAGGAACGGAAACCAUGUCGGAAUCAACAUCAACGGCAUGAUAUCCAACGCGGCUGAACCGGCAGCUUACUAUUCAGAAGGCUCAGACUCAAACAAAGAAGAUGUGGAUUUAGAGAGCGGAGAUCCAAUACAAGCAUGGAUUGAUUACGACGGGCAAACCAGUGUCGUUAAUGUAACAAUCGCACCUGCCUCUCUAGACUAUCAACCGAGCAAACCCCUUCUGUCCAAGUGGGUAAACUUAACAGACGUUGUUUUGGACAAUAUGUAUAUUGGGUUUUCUUCAUCGACAGGCCUAAUAAAGGCAAGCUCUCAUUACAUUCUGGGUUGGAGCUUCGCCUUGAACGGGCCAGCUCCUGCAUUAAACCUCUCCCGACUUCCAGAAGCACCAAAGGAGAAGAGCCCCAGUUCGUUAAAAACGAGUACCGUGGUCCUCAUCGCUGUUCUGUCGUCUGUGGUUUUGACCCUUUUGGGGGUUCUCAUAGUUCUCUUACUUUACAAAAGAAUGAUGCCCUUUGAGCGUCUUGAAGAGUGGGAAUUGGAUUGUCCACACAGGUUUCGUUACAAAGAUCUAUAUUUAGCAACCAAAGGGUUCAAAGACUCAGAGAUAGUCGGAGUUGGUGGCUUCGGCGCCGUCUACAGAGGAGUUUUGCCGACAACCGGUGUAGAGGUGGCCGUCAAGAAGAUCACAAGGAGUUCCAAAGAGGGUAUGAAAGAAUUCGCAGCCGAGAUAGAGAGUUUGGGAAGAUUAAGGCACAAGAACUUGGUUAAUCUCCAAGGUUGGUGUAAGAAAAAGAACAACCUUUUAAUUGUAUACGACUACAUCCCAUACGGUAGCCUAGACGCUCUCAUCUUCCACCCCAAAGACGACGCCGUUUUGGAAUGGCACGAGAGGUUUAACAUCAUCAAAGGGGUUGCUUCUGGGCUCUUGUAUCUUCACGAAGAGUGGGAACAAGUGGUGCUUCAUCGAGAUGUGAAAUCGAGUAAUGUCUUGAUUGAUCUCGAUUUGAACCCAAGGCUUGGAGAUUUUGGCUUGGCCAGGCUGCAUGACCACGGUGAAUUGUCACACACUACUGGUGUUGUGGGCACGAUCGGGUACAUAGCGCCGGAGCUGGCUCGAGUAGGCAGGGCUUCGACGAGCACAGACGUGUUCGCUUAUGGAGCUUUGCUUCUCGAAGUGGCUACUGCGAGGAGGCCAAUCGGGUCGGGUCAUUUCAUACUGGUGGAUUGGGUCAUGGAGUGUUUUCAAACGGACCGGUUACUUGAGGUAAUGGAUCAGAAAUUGGGCUCAGACUUUGUUGUGAAGGAGGCGGAGUUGGUGCUCAAGUUGGGCCUGCUUUGUUCCCACUAUAGGCCCGAAUUUCGGCCCACUAUGAGGCAAGUGAUUCGGUACUUGAAUGGGGAGGAAGAGCUUCCAAUGAUUGAGAAUUGGGGAGUUUUUGAUUCUGGACGAGUCACUAAAGUAGACUCCAAGUUUAUGAAAGGAAUUUCUAGUGAUCAGAUCAGAUCGUACAGGUCUUCCUCUCUUGGUGCAAUCUCUUACAGUUCUUUUGAUGCCGGGAGAUAGCUUAGGCUGCUUAUACAUCUCAAAUGGUUCGUAUUGUUGUUAUUUAUUGUAGCAUUUUAACUUCAAUUCCUUGUUGUGUAAAUUCUUUUCUUUCUUCCAUACCAUAUGUCAGGUUCUGUACACCACUUUUGUUAGAUAGAUUUAUACCAUAACAGUGUUGUUAGUUGUUACAUGAAUACGAUUAAUUGAUGUCAAUAACACCCUAUGGAAAGUUGUGGCACUCCAUAUACUGUAUUAUUAAUAAUAACUUUGAUGACAUUUUGUA